AUGGAGGAAACUGUAGUAUAGAAAGAGUCUUUUUUAUCCAAAUUUGCAAGAAAAAGAAAGGUUAGUCCUAUAGGUGAUGAAUAAAAGAAUAACCAAAACGAUAACUUAAUAUAUACAUCAACUGCAGAUGACUAAAACAAUUCUUAGUUGAAAUUAACAUUAAAAAAAAGAACAUUUUUAAUAUCUUCUAUCCAACCUACGAUAAAAGCAAAAGAUAUAUUUAUGAAAGCUUUGAAGAGGAAAAAAGAAUUAGAUAAUGAGGAAAAACAAAAGAGCAAAAAUGUUAUUAAAAUGUCCAUAGUUUACAUAGAAAAAUUCAUAAGAUUAAUGAGACAGUAGUCAUCUCUCAUAAGAUUUAAAGAAACAAGAUUAAGUUAAUUAGAAAUAAUAAAUGAUAAAUCGGUUGAAUCUCAAUACUUUUUAGUAAAUAAACUUUUGACAAAAGAAAAACCUUCUUUACUUCUACUAACCUAUGAAUAUUUGCAAAAAAUGCAAAUUUACAUAUGGAUGAAGUCUCAUAUAGUGAGUAGAUUAAAAUUAGAUCAAGUGGAUUAUCUAUUCUUACCAAACUCUCAGUUAUAUAUGAUGUGGUCAAUUUUUUUAAUGAUAGUUUUAACUUUAAAUGUUGUAUAUAUACCUUUAGCUAUAUCUUUUUAAGAUAUUCAACUUUCUACUUUUGCAUCUAUCUUGAUUAAUAUACUACCUAAUGUCUCUUUUAUGGUUGAAAUUAUUAUUAAGUUUAAUACAGCAAUAUACAAAAAAGGUUUGAUUAUAAAAUCAAGAAAACAAAUUGUUCUAAGUUAUUUGUAGAAGAGAUUUUGGUAUGACUUAUGUAUAGUAUUUUGCUUCUUCUUUGGGUCUUAUUUUUAAAAUGCAUUUAUAUAAAUCGUUUUACUUCUACGUUUUUUUGAUAUUACAAGGCUGAUAGCUGAAAUCGAAGAAAGAUAUAACUUAAAAGAGAGGCUUUAUGGUAUAAACGAUAUGGUAAAGUUGAUAUUGCUCAUACUUUACAUAGCUCAUUUAUGUGGGUGCAUUUGGCAUUAUAUUGCAGUUAUUGAGAUUGAGAAUGGAUUCUCAUAAACAUGGAUGAACAAGAGCGGUAUUAGCUUAAGUGAUUCUUGGUGGUAUAGGUAUGUUGAUUCUCUUUAUUGGGCUGUUGUUACAAUGUGUACAUUGGGUUAUGGAGAUAUUGUUCCUAUUACAUCAAACGAAAAAGUAUUUACUAUUUGGGUAACUUUAAUUUCAUGCUUUGUCUUUGGUUAUUCUAUCAAUUAAAUUGGAGAAAUUUUGCAGGAAUUUUUGAGAAUCGAAGAAGAGUUUAAAAUAAAAAUGUCUAAAUUGAAUAUGUACAUGUAAAAGAGAGAGUUAAAUGAUGAUGUAUGUGUUAAAGUUAGGAAAUAUUUUGAAUAUUUGCAUAAAGAAAAUCUAUAAUCAAAUAAUGAAGGAGCCACAGUAAUAGAUUCUUUAGAAAGUGAUUUAAAAUAAGAAGUUUUAAGGGACAUUUAUGGAAAAUUGUUAAACUCUAAAAAAUUAUUUUCCUUAAAUUUCAGUAUUGAUAAAUUAGCAGUAAAAAUAAAAGAAAAAAAAGUAGGACUCCAUGAAUACAUUUACAAAGAAGGAGAAGAAGCUGAGGAAGUUUAUUUUUUAGUAAAAGGAUAGGCAGAAGUGAUUAAAACUUAGACAAAAACAGUUUUAUAAUCAAUUUAAAAAGGAAUGAUGUUUGGAGAAAUUGAGUUUUUUACUGGUUAGCAAAGAUAAUUUUCAUUAAGAGCAUCAACCGUCUGUUAAUUAGCCUACUUAAAUAAAUAAGAAUUCUUAGAUACUAUAAAAGGCAAUAAUGUAGAAUUUGAAAGAUUUAAUAAAAUGAAAGACCUAUUAUCUAUUUAUAAAGACACUUAAGGAUUUGAUCAUUAAUGUGGUAGUUGUGGAAAAUAUACUCACUUAAUAGUUGAAUGUCCUUAAAUUAAUAUUUGCAUCAAUAAAUAUAAGACAUUGUCUAAGUAUAAUUUUUAUGUAUGCUAAGUUAGAGAUAAUAAAUUUAAAAGAAACCGAGCUAAAUAUAUAGGAACAUUUCAAAAAACUGCUUUGGUUUAGUAGCAAGCAAAAAUAUUUUAUGAAAAUGAAAAACUUUAAUUUUUAGAUAUCUAUGAUGGAGAUGAAGAUGAUGCUAUACUAAAUUAAAAUAAUUAAUUAAAUCGUAGUCCUUAUGGUGAUAAAAGAAAAAGUUGGAACUAAGUUAUGGAAUAAAAUGUUAGAAAAAAAUCUUAAGUUAGACUAGAUGCAAGCUAAAAUUAAGAAGAAUUAGGGAUAAGAGAAAAGAAAAAAACUAUUAUUGGUUAUUAAAAGAUUCCUCGAUCCUCAUUUUCUAAAAAAGAUUAAGUUAAAAAAUUAAGCAGAAUAGAAAAUAUCCAAUAAGAUCGUCACGAUUAGAUGAAAUAAGAUGAGUUGCCUAACAAUUAAAUGAAAGCAGAUAAUAAUUUUUUGAAAGUUAUAAAUGAGAAAUUUUACAAAUAAACUGAUGAAACAGAAAAUAAUAAAAAUGAAAUUCCUUAAGUUCGCAAAUCUAUGAAGUAGUAAGAAUAAGAGUUUAAUAAAUUAAUAUAAUUGGAAAAAGAAAAAUAGACUAAUGUUGUAUAAGAUGAGAAAAAUGACUUAAUUGGUGUAGAUAAAUAAAUAGUGAAUGAGCAAGAGUCAUUAUUUUAAAUUAAAAAAAGGGGGUUGAUGCCUUCUUUUUUUGAUAGUAAAAAAUUCAGUUAACCAAAAAAAAAUGAAUUUUAAAGUUUUCAAAGUUCAAAUUAAAAUUCUCCUUAACUGGAGUUUUAAAAGAUUGAAAAUAAAUAAAAUAUUAAUGGAAGUGAAUAAAGAUUGAGAAAUAAGAGCUCUUUAACUUUAUCUCAAGAUACAAGCAGCGAUGAAUUUAGCUCAGAAGAAUAAGCUGAUAUAUAAAAUAACGAAGCUAAAAACUUUAAUAAAAAGAAAUAAUCCAAGAAAAGUUCAAAAAAUGAAAUUAAAAGUAAAAAAAGUAGUAAAAGUAAAAACUCUUAACACACAAUAAACAGAUAAAGUGACAAUUAUAAUCCUAAUUAAAUUUAAAAAGCUCUAAUGUUAAUCGGAAAAUCUUCUUAAGAUGACCAAAAAUUAUUAAAUCAAUAAGAAAGUGUUUAGUAAAAAUAUUUAAAUAGUUUAACUAUUGCUUAAUAAUUGAUUGUAAAUGGUAGUUUUUAGUAAAUAGAUGAAACUUAUUUAUAAAAUCAAAUAAAUUCUUAAAAUAAUAGCAUUAACUCAUAAUCAUCUAAAAAGCUUAGUACUAAAAUAUUUAGUAUGAGUUAGGAGAGGAAAAGUUAAAUAAAACCAGACACGUUAGAUCCAUAGUAAAUUAAUCAUCCAAGUCAUUCAUCAAAGGACAUUAUAUCUAAAAAAAAAUCAAUAAAUUAAAUAUCACAAUAAAUAUUGUCAAAUUUUGACACUGAAAAUUUACCAAAUUAGAUAACUCCUAGUAUAAUUGUUCAACCACCAAUUAGUGAGAGAAUAACAACUUAAGUUUCAUCACAAAAAUAAAAAACAUCUCAAGAAAAUAUUUUCAAAAAGCUUAGUAUUUAAUAAAUUAAAAAACAAUCAAAAUCAUCAAUCAAAGAUAAAAGUUUAACAUAACUUUUUGAGGAUACAAAAAAUGAUAAUAAUAGCAAUAUUGCAGAUUAACAAAGCUUAACCUAACAUAACAUUACUAAUAAUUAAAAAUUAUUUUAGAAUGUAAUAACUUAAGCUAAAGCUGUUUAAGAUGUACGUCGAAAAGUAUCAAUUCUUGUUAAAAAAAAUGGUCCAUAGGAUACUCCAAUAAAUGUUACUUUAAGUGUCAAUUAACAAGAAUAAGAAUAAUUAAGAGAAAUUCUAGAAAUAGAAUAAAAUAUGGCAAAAGGAAGCAGAUUGAAAAAAACUAUGGCAAGAAAAUUAAAUAGCAAGCUCAGAUCUCGUUCGAAUGAACUUUUAGAGAUUUUAGACAACAAAAAAUUUACUAAAAAACCAACUGGAAAUAAUAAAAUAACAUAAAAUUAAGAUUAAGAAAACCAUUCUUAAGGCUAUAUUUUUGAUAUUCCCUCUUUGAAUAAUUUAGAUAGCACAUAUUAUCAAUUCUAAAUGAAUAAAAGAAUAUCCAAUUCUCAGUUAAGCUAGCAUUAGAUCAAGUAUAAUUCAGAUGAAGAUAAUUAAGAAGAAGUUUAGUUUGUAAAUUUUAUAGAUGAAUUGGAAUUAAGAAAGUUUGAAUAAAUUUUCCUUAAGAAAUAUGAUGAUGAGUUUGCUUCCUGUUUUGAAAAAGGAAAGUAAUACUAAGAGUAUUUCCCAAAAAAUAACAUUUCAAAUGUCUUAGAAAUGAUAAGUAUCCGUCGUAAACUCAAUCCCUUUUACAGAGUACUCCUUUUGAGAAAAAAAGCUCAAAGCUCCAAAAAAAGGCCAUUAAAUAGGAAAAAUAAUAGAAAAUCAAAAUUAAAUAUCAAUCUUAUAAAUAAAAGCAUGUAUGGAACUUCAUUCCUAAAAUAAUCAUACUCAGUUAAUUCUUAAGCUCAUUCUUAGGUAAGUAAGUGA